AUGAUGUUCUUCGGUCAAGCUGGAUUACUGGUGGGCAUGGCAGCCCUGGCGGCCGCUGCGCCUUCCCAGCUCGUUCCUCGAGCGGUCUCUUCUGGUACCUUGGACCAGUUGACCCUCUUCGCGCAGUACUCAGCUGCCUCGUACUGUGCGAACAACGUCAACUCUCCGGGCGACGCCAUCACUUGCUCCGGGGGCUACUGCCCCAAGUUGCAGUCGGCUGGUGUCAAGUCUCUGUUUGAGUUUGACGACUCUACCGAGUUCGGCGACGUGGCUGGCUUCCUUUCCGUGGACACCGCCAACAAGCUUCUGGUGCUUUCCUUCCGGGGCAGCAGAACCAUCAGCAACUGGAUCGCCAACCUGGACUUUGGCCAAGCUGACGCCAGCAGUCUUUGCAUUGGCUGCAAGGCUCACUCCGGCUUCCUCAAGGCCUGGACAGUGGUCUCUGAUGAUGUGAUGCCCCCCUUGGUCAGCGCCAUGGCCAAGUAUCCCGGCUUCCGCCUCGUCUUGACCGGUCACAGCUUCGGUGGUGCGGUUGCGGCUUUGGGUGCUACCGCCCUUCGCAAGGCCGGAUACAAAUUGGAUCUCUACACCUAUGGCCAACCUCGCGUGGGUAACACUGCGCUGGCCACUUACAUGACCAACCAAGGCAGCAUGUACCGGGUCACUCACUCCAACGACAUUGUGCCCAAGCUCCCCCCACCUCUGCUUGGAUACACUCACGCCAGCCCCGAGUACUGGAUUACCAGUGGUGAUAAUGUCGCCGUCACCACCAAGGACAUCACCCAGGUCAACGGAAUCGGUUCCAAGGAUGGCAACGCCGGAUCUAAUGGCGACAGCAUUCCGGCCCACAACUGGUACAUUGUGAACAUCGAUGGCUGUAAAUAA